CAGCCAGAGGAGUUGUGAAACAACUAGCGAGGAGGAAUCUUGCAAAUUUAAAUAUAAUUCCUUGUCUUCAACAAAGGAAUAGAAAAUUAUUAUUCUCAAAGUGCCAAUACAGAGAGCUGUUUUAUAUAACUACGAUGAAUACUGUUCAAAUGAACUGUGAGAUAUCGAGGCCAUGUGAGAAAUACAAGAUAUACGACAGUACACUAACAUAUAACCGUGAAAGACAUUUUUCCACCGCUAAAAUUAGGGAACUUGAUGAGCUUGAAUUUCACUCAAUUUCCGAUGAAACGCUGAACGUUAUGAUGGAAUACUUUGAAGAGCUUGGUGAUAUGGGAUAUUUCGACGACGACUAUGAUAUUGAAUAUUCAGAUGGAGUCUUGACUGUAAAAUUGGGAGGAAAUAAAGGGACAUACGUCAUAAACAAGCAAACUCCGAACAGACAAAUAUGGCUAUCUUCUCCAACGAGCGGUCCAAAACGAUACGAUUUUACGGAGUCUGACGGUUGGAUCUAUCGUCACAAUGGCAUCUCAUUACAUGAACUUCUUACUGAGGAAAUAAGUGACGUUAUUGGACAGUCCGUCUCGUUCACUGACUUGCAAUAUGGCGGGGGAACAAAAAUCUAGCUAAUGAAGUUGCGUUGUAUAUAAGAAGCUUAAAUAAA